UGCCUUUCCUUUUACAACUUUUACUUUCUCUUCCCUCCCAAUUCUCUCUUUUUUAUCAUAAUCUUCUUCUUCCAUCUCUCUUACCCUAAUCACCUCUCUCUCUCUCUCUCUUUCCUUCUUCAAAACCACCUCUAUUCUCCUCUCAAAUCCCUCUUCCCUCAACCUCAUAUCAAAUCUCAAACUCCUCCCACAACCCACCUAAAAAUAAUAAUAAAAAAAUAAAAUAAAACCAUAAUCAUAAUCAAAAUCUCUCCUUUCUAUGUGGGUCAUUUUCAUCUUGUACAAUCUAGAUCUCUAUUGAUCGCUCACAAUUCUCCUCUCUUGUUCUUCUUCUUCUCCUAUAUUGACCUACCCCAUUAACUCAAACAUAUUUCCAUACUUGGAGAGAAGCUACGAUUUGAUUUAAUCAAGAGUAAGAGAAGAGAAAGAUGACUCCAGCAAACUUGGCAGGUCAGUUUGGUGACACAACUUAUACUAAAGUAUUUGUUGGAGGGUUGGCUUGGGAAACUCAGAAGGAGACUAUGGAGAAGUACUUUGAACAGUUUGGUGAGAUCUUGGAAGCUGUUGUUAUCACUGAUAAGGCUACCGGCAGAUCCAAAGGCUAUGGAUUUGUUACUUUUCGCGAGCCAGAAGCCGCCAUGAAAGCUUGUGUUGAUGCAGCUCCAGUGAUUGAUGGAAGAAGAGCCAAUUGUAAUCUUGCUUGUUUGGGAGUUCAAAGAUCCAAACCCUCAACUCCAAAGCAUGGAGGGAGGAAUUUUAGGGUUAUGAGCUCUUUUCAAACAGGAUUUGGAGGCCUGGGAACAACUUUUCCUUCAUCUGCAACCUUCCCUCAUUAUGCUAUCCAACAAGGGAUUCCAUAUAAUCUUUAUGGGUACUCUCCAUACUCGCCGGAUUACACUUAUCCUACGAGCUACUACAACAUUUAUGGAGGAGCAACUGCUCAAUAUCCCGUGUAUGGCAAUGGACCAGCUGGUGGCAUGAUGAGCGGUGCCACCACAGCAGCCUUCUAUCCCUACCUCCAGUUGGGUGAGGGCAGCGGUGGAGCCACUGCGGCCGGCUAUACUUCCGGUCAGGGCUACGGUGUUCAGUAUCCUCACCACCUAUUUCACUACUCAGCCAUCAAUGCCACUGGUGGUUACCCACAGGCCCAGCACUAUGGUACACCCAUGUCUCUUGCCCCCACACCACCCUUGCAAUCAGUGUGCUUUGCUGUGCCACAGGCGUGAACAUGGCUCUCCAUGCUCCACCAAUUCCCCAUCGCUAGAGUGAUCCAUCAUCUCUUUGGCAAAUCAUUUCAGAUGCAAUACCUCUUCAUCUUCAUCAUCAGCUGCAUGCUUCUCUGUUGAAGUCUCAAAACCUUUGGCCUAACCAUGGUUCUCUUUCUCCCUCUCCUUCUCUCAAAUCUAACUCACAAUGCUCAACAGAAUGGCAAAUUGGGCAUUUUUGCACACACACAAAAGCCCUCCAUAGGGGCUCAGUCUUAUCAUCACCUCCAAAAUUGGAAUGGUGAUGAUCUUCAUGCAUAUUUUUUUUGUGCAUCUUUCUCAAAGAAAGGUUCCUUGGAAGAGAACCAAAGCCUCUUUUGUAUCAAAUACCAAUUGAAGCUGUUGAAUCAGCUAAAUUGGGAACCUCUUUUUUCUUUUUUUUAAUAUGUUGAUUCUUGGCCUUGGAAAGGCAAAGGAAAACAACCAUUUUGUUUUGUUUUGUUUUUUUUUUUUUUCUGUAACAUGUUUUAGCCUUGGAAAAGGCUAAUAAGUUAGAAGAUGAUGAGAAAAGUAAAAAUGGUUUGCGAAAAUUGUAAAUUCAGCAACAAAAUAGCAAACCUUUUUGAUUUUAAAGUCUCAUAACUAGUUUUGAAAUGGCUAAUCCCUCCAACUUAAUUUGGCUAAUCAACCCCUCUAGAUGAAGAGGCAGUUUUAUUAGCAAAAUUAAAAAACAGGGCACAUGGGAUGCCCAUAAAAAGUCUUCUUUUUUGCAUUAACAUGUAGUCUUAGGGUUUUAGAUAUCUAGGGCCAUGUAGCUAUAAGCUAGGAAAGAAAAUGUUUUCACCAACUUCAAUUUUAAAAACUCUCACAUAAUGUUUUUGUUUUUAACAAAAAUCACUCAUCUCCCCUUAGGGUAAGGGGAGAACUUGUAAAAUAAAUUAGUGAAAAUUGUGGCUAAACUUUUGGAGUAUUAGCAACAACACCCUAAUCUUAGGAGGGAUAAUGUUUUUUUUUUUCUUUCUUUUUUUUAAGUUUUUGCAUCUAGGGUUUAGAAUGUCUCAAGAACUCCAUUAUUGGAUAUGGAGAUCAAUGCAUUUGCAUGUAAUCCUUGGAAUAUAUUUUGGUUUCCUUGGAUUCUUCUUUACUAACCCAAUCACCAACCAUGGUUAGGACUUAGGUCAAAAUUUCAUCAUCACUCUCUCUUUCUCCUCUUUCACUCUGCUCAAUGAUUCUCUUUCUCCUUCUCUUGCUCUUAAAUUUCUCAUGAAGAACUCUUUUAAUUACUUGGAGAUGAACUUUGAUGAUACUCUUUUUUAUUAUUAUGUAUAAUUAAGCCUAUUAUGGUUUGGAUUGUAAUUAGGGAUUAUGCUACUUAAUUAGGACAAAAUUAAGAUUCUAAUUUUUCCAUCCAUAUGCUGGCUGGGAAAAUUAUGAAUAUGCUACUUACUAGCUACUUCUUUAAUGCUCUAUUUUAAUUUUGAGACUCGUGUUUAUUUUA